AUGGCAAUAUCUUUGGAAACCCUACCACUGGCUAUUGUCCAACACUUGUUUACUUGGUACGGAGCCAUAACCCUCCUAAUUACCACUUACUUUACAGGGCUCUACAUUAGACGUGAAAUCUUUAGAAGACAACGAGGAUGUAUGGAACCAUUUGUCUACCCUGAAGGUGGUCCAUUGGGUAUCAAACUAGGCUAUGACUUGCAAGACAAGAAGAAAAAAGGUGAGAUUGUUGACUUUAUGUGCAAAUUAUACCACAAGUUUGAUCGUGUCAAGACAUUCUCAGCUUACUUGUUUGGUGUAAGAGUCGUUGUUGGAGUCGAACCUGAAAACUUGAAGGCUGUAUUGGCAACUCAGUUUAACGACUUUGGCUUGGGUACCAGACACGCACACUUUAAACCAUUGUUGGGCAAUGGGGUAUUCACCUUGGAUGGCGAAGGAUGGAAAGAAAGUAGACAAAUGUUGAGACCACAAUUUGCAAGAGACCAAAUUGCUCAUGUGCAAGCAUUGGAACCACACAUUCAAAUAUUGGCUAAACAUAUUAGGGCAAGUAAAGGAAAAUCAUUUGACAUUCAAGAAUUAUUCUUUAGAUUUACCGUUGACACUUCAACCGAAUUUUUAUUUGGCGAGUCAGUACACUCGCUUUACGAUGCUUCUAUUGGAUUGGAAUGUGACCCCGAAGUUGCUGGCUUUGCUGAAGCAUUCAAUGAGACACAAAAGGAUUUGGCAGUAAGAACAUACCUCCAAGUAUUGUACUUUCUCUACAAUCCACCAUCAUUUUGGAAAAAUACAAAGGUUGUCCACAAGUUUGCCAAACGUUUUGUUAAUAAAGCAUUGAACUUGAGCAAAGACGAAUUGGAAGAACACUGCAAACACCACUAUACUUUUCUUUACGAAUUGGCAAAGCACACAAGAGACCCAAAAGUUUUGCAAGACCAAUUAUUAAACAUUAUGGUUGCGGGAAGAGACACUACUGCCGGUCUUUUAUCAUUCACCUUUUUUGAACUCGCACGUAACCCCGAGGUUUGGCAAAAAUUGAAGGAUGAAAUUUACCAACACUUUGGAUCGGGUGAAGAUGCAGAUGUCUCAAAGAUUACUUUUGAAACUUUGAAACAAUGCACAUACCUCAAAUGGGUGCUCAAUGAAAUAUUGCGUCUUUACCCAUCAGUGCCAAUCAACUUUCGCACUGCUUUAAAAGACACUACUUUACCCACAGGCGGUGGUCCCGAUGGAACUGCACCAGUAUUUAUUGGCAAGGGAACAACUUUUGCUUAUUCCGUUUACUUGCUACACAGAAUAGAAGAGUAUUAUGGCAAGGAUGCAAAUGAGUUUAGACCCGAAAGAUGGGCUGACCUAAAGCAAUUGGGAUGGGCUUAUUUACCAUUCAAUGGUGGACCCAGAAUCUGUUUGGGCCAACAAUUUGCCUUGACAGAAGCUAGCUACACUAUUUGUAGACUAGCACAAAUGUUUCCCAACUUGGCUAGCAACUAUGACCAGCCUGACCCAUGUAAGAAAUUGAUUCACUUGACAAUGAGUCUUAUGGAUGGCGCGUGGAUUGAAAUGAGCUAA